AUGGCUGAGUUCCUGAAAAGAAAGAGAGAGGUAGGGUCGGGAAAAUGUAGCUCCUCUGAGGGAGGGAACAAGAAGUACUUGUUCUUAGAACGAGUUCGUAAAGAGGUGGAAGAAUUGAGGAUCACUCCAAAGAGGAAAGAGGUGAAAGGUCUCAACUUUCAUGCGGACCUCCCUUAUUCGGAGGAAGUAUGGGAUUCCUGGGAGGAAUAUAUAGAUGCACAGGCAGAGGAGCUGGAGCGGAAUCGAGGCAUACCGAAAGGGAAGAAAUUUCUCCUUCUAGACCUUCUCACCAGCGCGAAGGACGUAAGGAGACUGGUGAAUUGCGGCAGAGAGGUGCAUAGGAGGUGCGCGUGGAACAUAGCCAGGUCCAAGGAAGCGCUGGAAGAAUUGAAGCAGGCAAGAGAGAAAGAAAGGGUAACAGAAGAAAAGAUUAAGGAGAGACAGAAGGUCCUAGAAGGAAAUGAAGAGAAGAUUAAAGAACUGGAAAGGUUGGGAGGGGAAAUAGAAGAAAUGGAGAAGAAAAUGAUGGAAAUGAAAGAAGAAAUGGAGACGGAAAUGAAAGAAAUGGAAGAAAACCUUGAGGUGGAGAGGAGAACCAGGGAAAAUGAAGAGGAGAAAGUGGAAGUGCUGGAAGUGCAAGAAAUAGGGAAAAAAAAGGAGACAUUGGAAAUAUGGAGAGAUGUAAUAACAGAGGGGAAAAAGGAAAAUAUUGAACAAAAACAAAGGAUAAAACAUUUGGAAGGAAAGAUAAAAGAAUUACAAGAGUUGCAAGAAAUAAUGAAUAAUGAAGAGAAGGAAAACGAUAACAGAAUGGAAGUAGAAAAGAACACAACCUCCACACAAGUGGAAGUAUGUGGGGAGGAGAAAGCGGUACAGGUGGAGGUAUCGAGAAAGGAAGAAUCAGUACAGACGGAAGAGGAAAACAUUACCAGGAGAGGAAAGGAUGCAGGAAAGGAAAGGGAAGAAGAAGUUCAAAAUAUGGAAUAG